AUGAAGCGGGCAAUGGUGGGAGGGGCCAAUUCACAGGCCGAUGGCCAGGUCAAGGUCGGACCAGCAAGGAUGCUGGGACGAUUUCCGGAUGGUGUCAACAGGGACGAGAAGCUCUCCAUGGUUGUCCUGUUCGACGGCACACAAUGUGCCCUUCGGCGCUUCCGCCAACAAUCUCACGAGCAAUAG